GGCCUGAGCCCUUGGGAGUUUCAGCUAUACAGGAAUACAACACCAGCAAAUAUGAUGAUGAUGAAAGUAGAAGAGCUGGUGACUGGAAAGAGAGCAGAUGAUAAAGAGACUGGCAACUUCCUCCCUGAGGACUUCAAAAAUGGAGAGUAUGAAGCUGCUGUAAGAUUAGAGAAGCAGGAGGACCUAAAGACAGUCUCUGACCACUCACUGACCCAACAUGAUCUGGCUUAUGAGAAGGAGAAAAAAAUAGAAGCAGAGCUGAAGAAGAAGAAGUUACAGGAGAGGUCAAAACUUGAAAACUUGGAGGAUCUUGAAAAACUUGUUCAGCUGAAGAAGAAGAAAAGAUGCAAGAAAGUGAAAGUGCCCGUUUUAAAGGAACCCGAACCAGAAGUUAUAACAGGACCAGUGGAUAUCCCCACAUUCUUCAGAGCUGCACUGGAGAAUAAGCUGCCAGUAAUUGAAAAAUACCUGUCAGACAAAGGGGAUCCCAACGUCUGUGAUAAGUACAAGCGCACUGCCUUGCACAGGGCAUGCUCUGAAGGACAUCUAGAGGUGGUGAAAAAACUGGUGGAAGCAGGAGCUCAGCUUGAACAGAAAGACAUGCUUGAAUCUACAGCCCUGCACUGGGCAUGCCGUGGGGGGAACCUGGAGGUUCUCAAAUUCUUACUGGACAAAGGGAUAAACAGAAAUGCAAGAGACAAGCUGCUCAGCACUCCUUUGCAUGUGGCUGUGCGAACGGGUCGGUAUGACUGUGGGGAGCACCUCAUCGCUUGCGAAGCGGAUCUCAAUGCCAGAGACAGAGAAGGAGACACACCAAUGCAUGAUGCCGUGAGGCUGAACCGCUACAAAAUGAUCAGACUUCUGAUUCUGUAUGGAGCAGAUCUAACCAUAAAAAACUGCCAAGGGAAAACACCUAUGGAUCUUGUUCUUCAAUGGCAGAAUGGCACCAAAGAGAUAUUCAAUAGCCUCAAAGACAAAUCCUAUAAGAGCAGCCACCCAGGCAAGUUCUGAAGACAGAAACCAGACUGCUCUUUUUGCUGCUUUUACAUGCUUCAUGUGAACCUGAAGGAAAAUAGCCCUGAACAUAGUAUUUAUACUGAAAAUAUUUAUAAUACUGGAUUAUUUGAGGUACCGUCACUGAAAACUGCAAAACAAACAUGCAAAUUCUGCUAAAAGGCAGGUUGAUUGUUAAAAUUCCACUAGUUCUGAAAUGGCUUUAUUUAUUACUAUUUAUUAUUUAUUUAUUUAAAAGGUCAUUUUUAAUUAUUCUCAAUAUUGUAGCUUUCUUUUUAAUAGAGCUUUACAUCAUAAUGCAAUCUUUGCCAGAAGCAUAAAUAUUUUUGUCUUAGAUGGGCAGGAUUUCCAACUACAUUAGCAACUUCCCUCAAACCUUCCAAUAGCGCUAAAUAGCAGAUAUUCGCAACUGUUGCCUUGACUUUGCCAAAUUCUGUUAAAAUAGUAUGUUAAAUGAGUGGUGAUAUGUGGAAGAGCAAUGUAAGGUAUACUAAGGUGUCAAGUGGGUUUAUAGAAGCAAUUGAGUAAUGGAGUUUAGACAGGGUUUAGCAGUUGUAGUUGAUAAAGGGCUCUAGGACAGAGCUCUAACCAUCAUGUAACCAUUUGGGCUGUGGGAUUCAGAUGCAAUGUUAUGAAGGUGAGAGGAGACAGCAUCAGGAAUGUGAAUAUUUUUUAAGUUGGACUACCAAGAAGUCUGAUGAUUUAAGAAUGCAA